CCGACUCGCGCCAAACCGAACGCCUCCGCCGAAAAUUGGGAUAAAUUAAUUAUCCGUAGCAUCCCAUGUAGAGCUCUAUCCAAUUUGUCGCAGCUGCGUCCUCUUUUUGUCGUCGGGCAUUCAGUAGGAGCUCAGGCAUUAUGCGGGUGUAAGAAUGACGUCAUCUUGUCAUUCUUCUAAUUAUAGGGAAGACGUCAUUCUCGAAAGAGAUCACGAGCCCAGUAUCUCAGCCAGUCCCCUACCAACUAGCGUUUCCGGACCAAUGGACACUCCAUUUUUCAGACUGAGAUACGGCGCUCUUCGAGCCGUGACUUACACCACUUCAAACCGGCUCAAGGGCUUGUGGACUAAUCCAUGGCGAGGGAUUAGCAAGCAGGCAGGAUCUCGGACCGCUUUGUGCGCAAAAAGUCAUAAUUCAUUCUCCCUUUCUCCUCGGUCCUCGUCGUGACCUCCCCUUGAUUUCUCGUCGCUUUAAACCCUUUCUUUUACCAGAUAUCCAUCUACAUAGUUUUCUACGAAUGCACGAUGAGCCC